CGGAAAGGAUACUUGCGUUUGAGACAUCGAUGUGAAGUGUGGAAAAAAGUCACAUUCGCCGAAAUUUUGAAAGUGAAAUCAAAACUGAUAGAAUUAUUACAGUGAAUUUUUUCAACAUCGCUAUAAAAUUCUCCUGCAAACAAAGGCUUUAUAUUUCGAAGAAAAAUGUGUCUUCCUCUUCUUUUCAAAAUGACCCCUACAUUCUGCUGGAUGUUCCUGCUGGCGUGCCUGGUGGGCCGUGUCGCGAGCGUGCCGCAGCCUCUCGUGGUGGACGCCUGCGCUCUGAUCUGCAACUCCGAAGCGGAGACCGAGUCCAAACACGAGCGGGAUCCAUUCCUGUAUCCCCGAUACCCGAAAGUGGACUGUAAGCUUCAGUCCGACAAUGAUAAGAGCCAGGCGUGGGUUAUCAUGAGCAACUGUUUGAAACUGUGCAAUGUGGAGUUGUCGGUCAACAUGGAGGUUAAUUGUUACGCUCUGAGAAUGUUGCUUGCAACGAACCUGGGUUGCCACUGCGAGGAUUGGAAGAUGAAAUUCUUGGUGAAGCAACUGUCGAACGACCUUCUCACCACGUUCUUGGACUCGCCUCGCGAUAAGCUGAUCAUAUGCCAAAUUCACAAGGAGUUGUUCAACAGUACUAAGCUAGCAGUAAACAAAUUUAGCAAUUGCUACCCCGAGCAAGAAGCUGUUUCCGCUAAAAAAGAAGAUAAAAAAGAAGAUGAUAAAGAAGAUAAAAAAGAAGAAGAACCGGAACAUCACAUUAGUAGAAAACCCAAUGUAUCUGUAACCUCACCUGAUGCACCAGUGAAUCGAUCAGAAAACAGAGAAAAACGAAAGACAUCAAGACCGGACUCAAGACCAAUAGAUGAAGUCGUAACACCUUGUUGCGAUGAGAAUGAAGAGGAGGAACAUGAAAGAGAAAAGAAAAUAGAAGUAGAAGAAGAAGAAGUGAUAAAACCGCAAAGUCCCACGGAAAAAGAAGAAGUUAAGAUGUUUUUCCCCGUGAACGAAAAUCCAGUGCCGGACGAAUAUAACGAAUGCGAACUAUGCAUGUCUUAGUGUGAGCGUUCUAAUUAUAAAGGCGUAUGCGACUGUAAAAACAUCAAGAAAACGUGUGCCAAAUACAUAAAACAGCAAGUAAGUUAAAUUUGCACAGCUUGCGUAAAUUAUUCGGUACAUGGUGACUCGUUACGUUAAAACUAAUUCUACUCGUAAUCGGGGAGACUUCUCAGAAAGAGAUGAUCAUUUAAAGCAUGUACAAUAAUAUUUGUUUUAUUACUUGAAUUGAGUUGUCUAUUUAUAAUUUCGUAAUUCUUCGUUUAUAAAUAAUUUUCAUAGGUUUCAUAAAUUAUAAAAUUAUUAUUUAGUAAAAUUGUGUGAUAUGCAUAAUUUUAGGAGUUGGAUAAUUUGUUAUUAAAUAUUAACAACGUUUCAUUCUAUAGCAUUAUGUAAUAAUAAUUACAAAGCGUUAAAUAUAUUGGUGAUUAUUUCGUUUUUGUCAAAAAGAAAAAAGAUAUUUGCUAUUUAUAUACAUAUAUUUAUAUCAAAUUU